AAAAAAAUAUAUAAACAAAAGUAAAAAAAUAAAGUGCUUAAAUUUAUUUGUUGUUUAUUUAUAUUUUUUGAAACAAAAACAAAAACAAACAACAACCGGAAAACAUUUAUUUGCAAGCGGCGUUUUAUACACUGAGAGAAAAAGGAGAAGCUGAGCAGAACGUGGAGACAAAAGAUCUCCUUGCAGAUUUAGAAAGAAUGUCGCUUUUUAGAAGAUAGCCAGCCCGUCUCCCGUGGGAAUGAUGCGACUGGCGCGCUUCACGCAGGGCUUCUCCUUAAACAAACAUGCGGCCAAGGAAAACUUGCACAGGGCAGGAAGCCGGAGGAGCAGCUUGAGUAGUUGCACACCCUACGGCCUGGCAGCCAGUGGAGGCGUUGGAGGGGGAGGCGGCGGCGGCGGCGGCGGCGGCGGCAGUGGAAGCGGAGGCAGUUGUAGCGGAGGAGGCGUGGUCGGCUGUAUCGGAGGAGGAGGAGGAAGUAGAGGAAGGAGGUGCCAGGACGGGUCAGGUGGAAGCGACAGGGAGAGCAUCACAAGCAGCUGCAGCAGUGGCAGUGGUGGCAGUGGUGGUAAGAGGAAGAGCAAGCGAACAAAGUGGUUCGAUAGCACAGUGUUUCGGUGUUGCCUCCCUUGUCGCGGGGGCUCCGGAUCCGCAGCCCCCGCCACAAGUCCGCCCCAAACUCCCAACGCCCAGACGCCGCAGGACGGUGCUGGGGCAGGUGCUGACGUAGGUGCUGAGGACAGCGAAGCACUACCACCACUACCACUACCACCAUCCAAUCACCAGCAGAAGGAUAAUCUGUCCAAGGACUAUAUUAAAUCGGAGAAAUUAAGUCCCGAUUCAAAGGGGGAGGAAUUACUUUAUACGGAGAAGAAGCAUUCGCUGGCAGACACCAUUAAUACGUCGGUGACCACGCCCAUUUCCCUAAAGACCCUAAUCAACGACUGUGACGUGGAGGCGGAACUGCGAGCGGAAGCGGAAGUCGACCAGCAGCUAAGUGCAGCGGAUAUAGCGGUCGCAAGCUUGGCCAGCGGUCUGGUUGCUCGUCGAGCGGAACCGGAAACGCUCAGUGACGCCAGUGUCUCACCCACCGCAGUGGUGCAACACCAGCAGCAGCAACAGCAACCACUUGUCCCCACCAUCAUAACCACCACAAAUACGAACAACAAUCUGCUGAGCCAAGUGACCACACUCUACAGCAAUCCCACAAAUCCGACAGCCAAUCCAAGUCCAAAUCAGUCACAGAACCAAACACCAAACACGACUCCCAAUCCGGGCCAGAGUCAGGGCCAAAAUCAGAGCCAGAAUCAGGGACAGAAUCAGGGACAGAGGUGUGCCUGCCAGGCGCAGACUUCACCGCUGCCGCACAUCAAGGAGGAGGAGGAAUCGGAGCAGGCCAAUAGCGCCAAGUUACAGCGCCAGGAGGAGCAUCAGCUGCCGCCCAUCACCAUAGCCGGUGGCGGCUACUGUGGCAGUUGCGAGAGCAUCCAUCACAGUUCGGCCACUUCGUCCUCGCAGGGCGGGGCAGGGCCAUCGGGCGGCAGUCAACCAGGACAGGAUUACAUACCAGGCUCUGCUUCGACUCCUUCGCCAAGGAUUAAAUUAAAGUUCCGUAAACCGCACAAGUCCUGCUGGUCGCGGAUCGUCCUAGCACCAAUUGGCUCCAACUCGGCCGCCUCCACGGUCAUUGGCAGCAAUUCGAACGAAACAUUAGCUUCUUGUGGAGCGGGAAGUGGUAGUGGAAGCACCACCGGAACAGGCACCGGCACUGCCACCCAAAAUAGCAGCAGCAUCAGCGUUGCCGCUCAUCACCGCCUCAGCUCCAGCUCGGCCUCCGCCCUAGCCACCUCCCAUCCGAGUGGCUCGGCCACCCAGCUCCUGCCCUCCGGCAAGAUGCAGGCGGAGCAGGGUUCCAUCGGGGACCUCCAAAAAUAUCACAGCCGUUACCUCAAAAAUCGACGACACACUUUGGCGAAUGUUCGUUUCGAUGUAGAAAAUGGCCAAGGCGCUCGAUCACCGCUCGAGGGCGGCUCACCCAGCGCCGGUCUGGUCCUCCAGAAUUUGCCGCAGCGUCGCGAAUCAUUUCUAUAUCGAUCCGAUUCCGAUUUCGAGAUGUCGCCCAAGUCCAUGUCCCGAAACUCAAGCAUCGCUAGUGAAAGGUUUAAAGAACAGGAAGCCUCUAUACUCGUUGACCGAUCCCAUGGCGAGGAUCUCAUUGUGACGCCUUUCGCCCAAAUUUUAGCCAGCUUACGUUCAGUGCGCAACAAUUUAUUAAGUCUGACAAAUGUUCCAGCAUCAAACAAAUCCAGGCGGCCCACGCAAUCCUCGACGGCUGCCCGCACGGCUAACCCACCUGGAGUACCCCUCUCCCAGGGGGAGGAGGCCUACACCCGGCUGGCGACCGACACCAUCGAGGAGCUGGACUGGUGCCUCGACCAGCUGGAGACGAUCCAGACCCAUCGCAGUGUCUCCGACAUGGCCUCUCUUAAGUUCAAACGGAUGCUCAACAAGGAGCUGUCACACUUCAGCGAGUCCAGCAGAUCGGGAAAUCAGAUUUCCGAAUAUAUAUGUUCCACAUUUUUGGACAAACAACAAGAAUUCGACCUGCCAUCGCUGCGUGUCGAUGAAAAUCCGGAACAUGCCGCCGCCACCGCUGCCGGUGGCACUGGCGGACAGCAUCCCGCCGGAGGGGCUGCCGGCAAUCGCUGCCGCUCCCCACGCGGGCCGCCCAUGUCGCAGAUCAGCGGCGUGAAGCGACCCCUCUCGCACACCAACAGCUUCACCGGCGAACGUCUACCCACUUUCGGUGUGGAGACGCCCAAGGAGAACGAGCUGGGCACUCUGCUCGGCGAACUAGAUACGUGGGGCAUCCAGAUAUUUAGCAUCGGCGAGUUCAGUGUCAACCGCCCGCUCACCUGUGUGGCAUACACCAUUUUUCAGAGUAGAGAAUUACUGACCAGUCUUAUGAUACCACCGAAAACUUUUCUUAACUUUAUGACUACUCUGGAGGACCACUACGUCAAAGACAAUCCGUUUCACAAUUCGCUUCAUGCCGCCGACGUGACACAGAGCACCAAUGUGCUACUAAAUACACCGGCACUGGAGGGCGUUUUCACACCGCUCGAGGUGGGCGGGGCACUGUUCGCCGCUUGUAUACACGAUGUUGAUCAUCCCGGCUUAACCAAUCAAUUUUUGGUUAAUUCAAGUUCCGAACUAGCAUUAAUGUACAAUGACGAAUCUGUUUUGGAAAAUCAUCAUUUAGCUGUUGCCUUUAAAUUAUUGCAAAAUCAAGGAUGUGAUAUAUUCUGUAAUAUGCAAAAGAAACAACGCCAAACUUUGAGGAAAAUGGUUAUUGAUAUUGUGCUGUCCACGGACAUGUCCAAGCACAUGAGUCUGCUGGCCGACCUGAAGACAAUGGUGGAAACCAAAAAGGUGGCCGGAUCUGGAGUCCUGCUGCUGGACAACUACACCGAUCGCAUACAGGUGCUUGAAAAUCUGGUGCAUUGCGCCGAUCUGAGUAAUCCCACCAAGCCGCUGCCGCUCUACAAACGUUGGGUGGCCCUCCUCAUGGAGGAGUUCUUCCUGCAGGGCGACAAGGAACGCGAAUCGGGCAUGGACAUUAGCCCGAUGUGCGAUCGACAUAAUGCCACCAUCGAGAAGUCGCAGGUGGGCUUCAUUGACUAUAUCGUCCACCCGUUGUGGGAGACCUGGGCCGAUCUUGUCCAUCCCGAUGCCCAGGAUAUACUCGACACGCUUGAAGAGAACAGAGACUACUACCAGAGCAUGAUACCGCCAUCGCCGCCGCCAUCGGGCGUUGAUGAGAAUCCCCAGGAGGACAGGAUACGCUUUCAGGUAACCCUGGAGGAGUCCGACCAGGAGAACCUCGCCGAACUGGAGGAGGGGGAUGAGAGUGUCGCCGAUAGUCGGGCCGAUGCUGCGUCGAGUACUACCACUGGCACUACUGCCACCUCGGCGCUGGCGGGCGGCGCUGCUGGCGGGGGCGUGGCUGGCGGCAAUAAGACGGGUGGCAGCCAAAACCAGCACCAGCACGGUGGAAUGUGACGGAGAGUCGUGGGAAUUUAUCGCAAAUUACAGGAAAAGGCACACAACUUUUUCCUACUACGUUAGUGACUACUAUUAACACACCACACCACAUUACACACCACAUCGCAUCACCAUCAUCUCACAAAACAUCAACAAACAAACACUAAACAAGCAAAAAAAACAACAAAAAACCAAAAACCAAAAAAACUAAAAAAAAAAAAACAAGGAAAAACUCUUCGGAAAAAAUGACAAAAAAAAAAAACCAAAACCAAAAAGCAAAAAAAACUAAGAAAAUAUUUAAAAACAAGUGUUUAAAAAGCAUACAAACUCCAAACAGCAAUAGCGAAGUACCGUUUAACUUACAAAGCAUAGUAAAAAGCAUAAAAAAAACGCAAAAAGCAAAAAAAAAAAAGGGGAAUUUAGAAAUCUACUUAAUGGAAAUAUGAGAUUGAUGUUGAAUACACUUAAACAAAAAGCAAAGCAAAAGCAAAAGCAAAAUGCAGAAUACAGAAUACAGAUAAAGAAGCAGAAGCAGAUGCAGAGGCAGAAGCAGAAGCUUAUAAGGUAAUUCUUUCAAAUAUUCUUACAAUUUGAUGAAAAAACAAAAAGAAAAUCUAAAAGUAAGAAGAAUUUACCAAAAAAAGAAACACUAAACAACUCCCCCAUAAACUAGAAAAAAUGACGAUUUUUGUUGCAACUUUGUAGGAAAAUGAUUUUAUAUUUUGUUUUGUUUUUUUUUUAGAGAGAAAUCUUGAGUUAACUUUGCACAAAGUAAGAAAUAAUAUUAAAUAACUAAACAAGAACUUUUAAAAUAUUGACAAACACUGAAAAGGAAAAAUAUAGAAGAGAAAGAAUUCAACAUAUUUUUUUAGCCUAAGAGAAGAGUUUUAAGUUUUAAUAUUUUGCUAACUUGAUCAGCUAUGAUUUAAAAUUUGUAAUUUUAAUUUAAAAUGUUGUUGAACACAUCACAUAUUGAAUUUUUUAUGAUUUAGACAAAGUUUAAGAAAAACUGUUGUACAAUUUAAGAAACCCAGUGAAUUAAAAGCAAAAACUAAAAACAAAAGUAAAAGUAAAUCAAGUUGAGAAGAAAAAAAAACAAAAUGGAAAUCAGAGACCCCGCCCUAACCCCAUUAGCAGUCUACAGCCAGACUGUAGUUGUAUAGUUCUAUAUAUACACAUAUAUAUAUAUAUAUAUAAAUAAUAUAAAAGAUUUUUUUUUAAAUAUUAUUUGUAAAUAAUUUAAAUGUUGGACUCGAAUUUAAAUCAAGCAGCUAGCACAAGUAGCUGCAGCUAAACAAAAACAAAAAACUAAAACAAAGCCAAAAAAACAGGAGAGACGAGAAGAAAUUAGAGAAAAUUAAGCAAGCGGAAGGAAGGAAGAUAAUUUUUUUUAAAAUUAAAUGAAAAAAGAAAAAUUUCAAUUUCGAUUUCGAUUUCGAUUUGAAUUGCAAUUUGAUUUGCUUCCAAUGAAAAGUUAAAAAAAAACAGAAAGAAAGAAAUUUAAGGAAAGGAUAAAAUAAAUAAAAAACGCUGUCUUCGCAAAUAUUUUUCGCUAUACAUAUUACUUAUAUCAUUAUUUACUUAGUGACUAAGCUGAACAAAAACUUUAAAGAAAAAGCAGAAAGAAAAAGCAAAAAGCAAAAGCAAACAUGCAAAAGCAAAAAACGAAAUGAGACAAGAUACAAGACACAGACAAGAAAGAGAAAGAGCAUAUAUAUAUAUAUAUAUAUAUAAUAUAUAUGAAGAAUUUAGUGAAGAACUUUACUUGCAAAAACACACACAAUUUACAAAAACAAACAAAAGACUCUUCAAACAAAAAACAAAGUAAAAACAAACAAAAGCACAAGCAAUUUUUAGUUUUCCAAAACGAAAAACCAAAAGCAAAAAACCAAAAAACCAAAAACUAAAACUGAAAGGCAAACACACAAAAUAAGUUUUAAAGAAAAACGAAAAAGUCAUUGGCUAUAUAAUACAAAUUAUUUAUACCUAAACUAAAACCGACCGAUAUAGAACUAUAUAUAUGCUAUAUAUGUAUAGGGAUAUAGAGAAAGUCGCUAUAAAAUAUAUAUAUAUAUGCAUAUGAAAAGUCAAGAUCCCGGCGCUGGUGCGUGGAUCAAAAAUAUAUUUCAAAAGUGGCAGGCCAAAUUCUAAAAGCGCAUAAAUAUAUAUAUCUAUUGUUUAUUAUUAUUAUGUUUUAAUUGUUAUUAAUUUAUUGUGCCCUAAUUAUGUUUAUUCACCGUUUUUUUCACACACACACACACCCACACACCCCUACACCCACACAAAGAAAAACAAACACACACACACAGAACCUAGUGCUAUAUAUUUCAUUUUUGUGUUUUGAGCGGGCAGGAUCCGCGCCUAAAAUAGUUAUUAUUAUUAUCUAUUAUCUAUUAUGUUUUUUUUUUUAAAUUAAAACUAUAACUAUUACAUAAACAUGUGAGUGAAGAGAUGUAUUGAAAUGAAAGGAGAAAUAUGGAACCUUGAUGGUCUAAAAAUAUCAUUAAACACUAAAGGCACUGCAUGUCCUCGAGGGCAUCGCAGAAAAGUUAAAUUUGUUGAAGACGAAAAAAAAACACAAACAAGUUGAAGUUUAAAAACAAAUAAGAAAGGAAGGAAGAAUUAAAUUAAUAUUAAAAGAAAAAAAAACAAGAUACUUUAUAGCAAUUUAAGCAGCAUUGUAAAUGUGCGCUUCAGAUUUACAUUUUUUUUUUUUGUCAAAAAACUUAAUCAACCUUCAGCAAAAAUACAAGAUAUAUA